CGGCUCCGUCAUGUGAUCAGCUGUGUCCAAUCACAGCUGAUCACAUGGGACAUGUACACUGAUCAUCAGGGCACUGAUGAUCAGUGUGCCCUGAUGAUCAGUGUAGCCCCAGCAGUGCCAGCUGUCAGUGUCCAUCAGUGCAACAUCAAUGCCACAUAUCAGUGCCUACCAGUGCACAUCAAUGCCACAUAUCAGUGCCCAUCUGAGCUUCCUUUAAAUGCCACCCAUCAGUGCCAGUCAGUGCCACCUAUCAAUGCUAAUCAGUGCCACCUAUCAGUGCUGCUAAUCAGUGCCACCUAUUAGUGCGCAUCAGUGCCGCCUAUCAAUGCCAUGUAUCAGUGCCGCCUUUCAGUG